CGUCAUCACGCUCUGACAGAUGGGGAGACACCGCGGAGGAGGACUCAGACACGGCGGAGGAGGACUCAGACACGGCGAAGGAGGACUCGGGGCCAUUAGAGUCUCUCGUUUGUUUCUUCUCCACCUUUUCCUCAUGAGCACAUCUUCCGCAUCUUGCCAACCUGGGAGGAAGAUGCUGAGGCUGUGCAUGUGAGAAGAACCUCGGAGAGAAGGAGAAGAGGAGCAACAGGGUGUUUGGAAGCGAUCAAGAGGAGGGUUCCUGUUUCUUCAUGCUGGACAAGGAGUCGUCCCCCCCAGCAGCAGUCAUGUGACAGAAGCCCUCGGCAUGCAGAGCAGGACCCGCUCAGGCUGAAGAAGAUUCCUGCCCACUGCAGCCGCCCGUCCUCCUUCCUCACAUGACCAGGAGAAGAUGACUACCACCAGUCCACCGUCCCUCAAUGUCCUGACGCUCAUCUUCCUCCUUCUGGCCACUGCAGCGCUCUCAGCUCAUUACCGAGUAUGCGAGCCCUACUCCGACCACAAGGGGCGCUACCACUUCGGCUUCCACUGCCCCCGCCUGUCAGACAACAAGACCUACAUGUUCUGCUGCCACCACAACAACACCGCCUUCAAGUACUGCUGCAAUGGCACCGAGUUCCAGACGGUCAUGCAGGUCAACCUCACCACCAGGGGGGACGGGUAUUCACACAAUAACUACACCGCCCUGGUGGGAGUGUGGAUCUACGGCUUCUUCGUCAUGGUCCUGCUGGCUCUGGACUUCCUCUAUUACUCGGCCAUGAAUUACGAGCUGUGCCGGGUCUACUUGGAGAAGUGGGGUCUCGGGGGUCGAUGGCUAAAGAAGGCUCGCAGUCAGUGGCACCGGGCCAUGGAGGAGGAGAGUCAGGCUCAGCCCAUGGUGGCGGGCCACUACCAGCCCGGACACAGCCUGCGAGGGGAGAGCCACAGCCCCACGUUGCUGCCCCACAACACCUCCACCGCCUGAGAAGUAGCAAUGCCCGCUUUCUUCCAUGGCAGAGAGGACAGGCCUUCCUCCACUCAGCCUGCCAACAUGGAGUCUAUCUCAAGGACCCUCGCCACCCUCAGAUGAGCACAAAGCACCAACGGACUGACAGCGGAGGCGUUUCACACAACAACAAUCAGACAGCAGUGAGUGAGUGAGUGAGUGAGUGAGUGAGUGAGUGAGUGAGUGAGCGAGUGAGUGACACACUUAAGAAGCCCCUAAUGGACAUGGAGUGAAGACAACCGCCCCCCUUGCCUGUAAACAACUGGAUGAUCUUAAAGGCUGUGAAGCGUUGAAAAGACUGCAGGUGGUGUUGUUAGGCAGUUAGAGCAGACUUUAGUUGUGCUAGAGAAGCCACACCAUCUGGUAAAAAUGUCUCUGACCAGUACGACCCUUUUUGGGGGGUUCUAAAACGCGUGCGUUUUAUUCCCGGCUGUUUGAGGUGAGCUAGGGGUCAGGGACACCAGAGCAUCACCUUACAGGUUGCCAUGGCAACCUCCCCUCCUCUUCCUGUAGCGACGCACAAAACAUUGACACCACACCAUGACGGGUUACAAAGAAACAUGAGCAAUAAUGUACAGCCACUCUUCCCCUGAGAACUUGGAAUGACUUUGUACAAAAACUGCUUCAUCGUAUUGUGAAAAUAAUUUGUACUAACAAAAAACGAGUAAAGACGUAGCACAAAGCCAAUAAGAAAUCAUGUAAAUCCAAUGAAUCUGUUCCAGACAUUUACAAACCCCGUUUUCCAAAAUCCUGCUGAAAACGUCUCGGUAUGAUGACGCGUGCGCGUGAUGUCACAGGUUGUAGAGGACAUUUAGUGCCGGCAUCGUGCCCAGCUAUUAAGUCGUCUGUUUUCAUCGCAUAAUUCCACAGUAUUCUGGACAUCUGUGUUGGUUUAUCUUUUGCAAUUUGUUCAAUGAAUAAUGGAGACAUCAAAGAAGAAAGCUGUAGGUGGGAAGUGGUAUAUUGUGGCCGCCUUUAGCAACACAAACACAGCCGGUGUUUCAUUGUUUACAUUCAUACAUCCAUUCAUACAUCCAUUCAUACAUCCAUUCAUACAUUCAUACAUACAUCGCAUAAUUCCACAGUAUUCUGGACAUCUGUAUUGCUGAAUCUUUUGCAAUUUGUUCAAUGAAUAAUGGAGACAUCAAAGAAGAAAGCUGUAGGUGGGAAGCGGUGUAUUGCGGCCGCCUUUGGCAACACAAACACAGCCGGUGUUUCAUUGUUUACAUUUCCGAAAGAUGGCAGUCAAGCUUUAGUAUGGAACAGAGAUGUCAAGCGAACACGGUUGGAUUGGACCACACACACAUUAUUAUGUGUAUUAAUAAAUAACAAAGGGUGGAAUGCCAUCUCCGGGUUGGGGAGGAGACCCUGCCCCAAGUGGAGGAGUUCAAGUACCUAGGAGUCUUGUUCAUGAGUGGGGGAAGAGUGGAUCGUGAGAUCGACAGGCGGAUCGGUGCGGCGUCUUCAGUAAUGCAGACGUUGUACCGAUCCCUUGUGGUGAAGAAGGAGCUGAGCCGGGAGGCAAAGCUCUCAAUUUACCGGUUGAUCUACGUUCCCAUCCUCACCUAUGGUCAUGAGCUUUGGUUCAUGACCGAAAGGAUAAGAUCACGGGUACAAGUGGCCGAAAUGAGUUUCCUGCGCCGUAGAGAUAGGGUGAGAAACUCUGCCGUCCGGGAGGAACUCAAAGUAAAGCCGCUGCUCCUUCACAUCGAGAGGAGGCAGAUUAGGUGGUUCGAGGAUCUCGUCAGGAUGCCACCCGAACGCCUCCCUAGGGAGGUGUUUAGGGCACGUCCAACCGGUAGGAGGCCACGGGGAAGACCCAGGACACGUUGGGAAGACUAUGUCUCCCAGCUGGCCUGGGAACGCCUCGGGAUCCCCCGGGAGGAGCUAGAAGAAGUG